AUGAAUAGGUCCUCUCCCUCCUGUACGCCCUCUCCCUUCCCUACCCUCCCUUCCCCCCUCUCCCUCCCCCCCUCUCCCUUCCCCCCUCUCCCUCCCCCCCUCUCCCUUCCCCCCUCUCCCUUCCCCCAUCUCCCUUCUCCCCUCUCCCUUCCCCCCUCUCCCUUCCCCCCUCUCCCUUCUCCCCUCUCCCUUUCCCCCUCUCCCUUCCCCCCUCUCCCUUCCCCCCUCUCCCUUCCCCCCUCUCCCUUCUCCCCUCUCCCUUUCCCCCUCUCCCUUCUCCCCUCUCCCUUCCCCCCUCUCCCUCCCGCCCUCUCACUUCCCCCCUCUCCCUUCCCCCCUCUCCAUUCCCCACCCUCCCUUCCCCCCUCGCCCUUCCCCCAAAUCUCUUCCCCCCUCUCCCUUCCCUCCCCUCCACUUUCUUCCCCCUCUCCCUUCUCCCCCCCCUCUCCCCACUCCCUUCCCCCCACUCUCCUCCCCCCUCUCCCUUCCCCCACCCUCCUCUCCCUCCCCCCACCCUACUCUCCCUUCCCCCCGCUCCGUCCCCCCUCUCCCGCCCACGCGCCGCACCUCAAUCGCGCGGAACUCCUCCUCGCCAUUCUCUGUGAAGAUCUGCGCCACCGACGCCCCCCCUGCCGCCGCCUCCAGCAUUAUGUUAAGGAGAUGGUAACGAAGGAGGGAGCACGGGAGGGAGGAAGGGAGGGAGGAAGGGAGGGAGGAAGGGAGGGAGGAAGGGAGAGAGGGAGGGAAGAAGGGAGAGGGGGGGGGGAAUGGAGGGAUGCGGCACCUGUCGAAGAAGCAGUAGCCGAGAAGGCAAAGAAGAGGGGGACGAGGCAAAGAAGAGGGGGACGAGGCAAAGAAGAGGGGGACGAGGCAAAGAAGAGGGUGGAUGACGAGGCAAAGAAGAGGGUGGGUGACGAGGCAAAGAAGAGGGUGGGUGACGCAGUAGCUGGCGUGGCACGCACCGACGAGGAAGAUGCUGGUGCCCUUCAGAUCACCCACCACGCAGUGAGCCGCAUGUGCCAUGUGGCACGGACUGGCCUGGCCGACGCAGUAGAUGAUGAUUGGCCAUGGCAGAAUCGGGAUUGUGAUUUGCAGGCAGUUACCACGUGGAGAACGGGGCAGUGUCACGUGGAGAACGGGGCAGUGUCACGUGGAGAACGGGGCAGUGUCACGUGGAGAACGGGGCAGUGUCACGUGGAGAACGGGGCAGUGCCACGUGGAGAACGGGGCAGUGUCACGUGGAGAACGGGGCAGUGUCACGUGGAGAACGGGGCAGUGUCACGUGGAGAACGGGGCAGUGCCACGUGGAGAACGGGGCAGUGCCACGUGGAGAACGGGGCAGUGCCACGUGGAGAACGGGGCAGUGCCACGUGGAGAACGGGGCAGUGCCACGUGGAGAACGGGGCAGUGCCACGUGGAGAACGGGGCAGUGCCACGUGGAGAACGGGGCAGUGCCACGUGGAGAACGGGGCAGUGCCACGUGGAGAACGGGGCAGUGCCACGUGGAGAACGGGGCAGUGCCACGUGGAGAACGGGGCAGUGCCACGUGGAGAACGGGGCAGUGCCACGUGGAGAACGGGGCAGUGCCACGUGGAGAACGGGGCAGUGCCACGUGGAGAACGGGGCAGUGCCACGUGGAGAACGGGGCAGUGCCACGUGGAGAACGGGGCAGUGCCACGUGGAGAACGGGCAGUGCCAGCGUUACAAGUGCCAGCAGCAGUGCCAUGA